AUGGGUCCCCGAAUGAGACGCCGGAUCACUUCGGCGAAAAGGGAAGAGAUCGAAAAGGAGCAGAAAAUUCUUGAUUCGACGAUCGUGCGGCCGUUUGAGACUUUGGAAGGCCUUCCAAUUUCGUACAAGGAACCUCCAUACGGGCAUUACGACGAGGUAUUGAAGAACCCUCUCACAAUCAAAGACUCAGGUGUGUUAUAUAACUCGCUUAUCCGCUCAAGAAACACAUAUGUAUACCAUGCGCCGAUGUUUAAGUUGUAUUGGGUUAAACAAACCGCUUACGCGAAGAAACUAGCGGAAAUGGAAAAAGACAAGGAGAUGAUCAAAGAUCGGGAGAGUCGAAGGCGCUUUGCCAAAGCUACAACUAAUUCUUUGGAAACUAAAACAAGAACAUCUGUGCUUAGUGCAGAUGUGAAUGCGAGAGACGUCAUGUCCAAACUAUGUGAGGCUUCUGUGACUUUGGGCCCACAUUCGAUGGACAUACGGAUUUUCAUUGCCAAAGACGCCCGAUCAGAAAAAUCAAAAGCUUUUGCCGAAAUAUCUCGCGUUUCGGAUGCAGAAAUAUUGAAGCAAACGGAGCAAAAAAGUACACCUCCGGCAGUUAACUCGCCGUUGCCUAGUCUGACUCAAACUCCUGCUCAAAGCUCGAAUCAACUUCCACCACAAACAACGAAUCUGUCUACUACACAGAAUGCAACUCAACAGCCUUCCGCACAGAAUCCUACGCAACCUCUGCCUCUGGAUUCAGGCCCAAUUCUGACACCUGGCCCAUUUCCAUCUUCAUCCCCAGGACUGGGCCAAAUUUCAGGUCUGACUUCAGCCACAUCUCCUGUUGCGUUUUCUUCGCUGACGAGUCUCCCAUCUGGCCAGAUUCCAAGACAACCUGGCAUUCCCACGGCAUCUCUGAUUCCAGCUGCGUCGUCCGCAACCACCACAUCUCAACCAGUUGCUGGGAAGGAAAUAGUGUCCGAACAAUCUACUUCUGCCCAAACGGAAAGAGUGAAGCAGGAGCCUAAAAAGGAAACAGAAUCGAAGUCAGGUACUUCUCAGUUUGUCACUCCGUCAGAGGGGAAAAACGGAAAUGGCGGUGUUUCUGAGUCAACUCAAACAGAAAACAGCACCACUGUUUCAACUCCAAAUGCAUCAAAAGAGCCAACAUCCACACCUCCAACUACAAAGGAACCUGUUUCUAUUCCAGAAGCUGACAAAGCAACCUCGGGCCAGCCAAACUCAGCCCAACCUAUCUCGAAUCCACCAUCUCUGACGAGUGCACAAGAUCAACAUCAAGUUACACCAUCACAAGCGAAUCUGCAAGCACCAUCUCCUGCCGAUCAAGCUUCCCGACUUCCUCCCCCUCCCCCUCCUCCUCAGGCGAAUCUUCAAUCUAUAGACAAUUUGAUUAUGAUCUCAAAUUUGAGUGCUAUUGGCAAAGUGGAUCUGUUCUUGAAUGAUCUUAUGAAAGUAGUUGCCCUGGGUAGUGCUUCUGAAUCCCAAGUCACCCUUUUCAAAAAGUACAUCGAGCGGGCUAAGCAGAUGGGCCCGCAACCACAUCAUGCUGAACUCUAUUUUAGUAGAGGUUUACCGCUCCCUCCUAAUUUUCCUGGAGCAUAUCCUACCCGUUCAUUUAUGGAUCGCAAGCCACCACGGGUUAAAGUCCCUAAUCCAAUGAAGUUGACAGCAUUUCAAGAAAAGUAUUUACAUAGUGCUACAUUAGUGUUUGAGUUUUUGGAAAAUCCUAAUGUGCGGUAUGUCAUUCCUCGUGAUUCUAUAUCUGAAGUUUUGGAAGCAGAAAACCCUCCUAAAGAUGCAGAGGAAGAUAUGGAAUUCAAAGAUAUUCUCAUCAGCACAAUAUGGAUACACAAUAUCGAUGAAGUUGAAGAGUAUGAAAAGAAGUUAGCGGAGUACAAUGCCGAAAAGAAGAAGAAGGAAGAAGAAGAAGUGAAAAAACGAAAGGAGCAGGAAGAAUCAGAGAAGAAAGAACAGGAGGGAGAAAACAAAACUGAUACUCAGCCCGAAGAGCGUAAUCUUAGAGCUGGAACAAAAAAACGAGCGCCACCUCCAAAAAAGAAGAGAGCCCUUGAGCUCCCAGAUGAGCCCAAUAUCAGAUUCACAACAUACUCCUUCACUUUGCAUAAUAUACCUGCUAGAUUUGUUCCUAUUGUUACUAAUAGUAUGAAACCACUCAAACAAGUUCAAGAGAGAAUGGAACAUAUUCUCAAGAAUGGUACGAGAGUUCCUGGUUUCUACUUAUGGUACCAAGUGGACGCUCGUCUAGAUGAAGGCUUGGCAGAAAACUUGAGAAAUACAUUGGUGCAAGAGGAAAAGAAAAUGCAAGGGUUGCUUCCUCCAGGAGCAGUUGUGGAAACGAAAAAGAGAAAGCCUCGGGAGUUCAAAACCCCUAGGCCAAAAAAGGCCAAGGACUCGCCAGGCGGUGUAAAACAGGAACUAUAG